AGCAGAUGAAGGCGGAGGUGGAGGAGCGGGCGUGGCGGUCAGCCAUGAAGCAGCUCUUCAAGUGGUAUCCCCGCCUGAGACCGCUGCUGCUGCAGGCUGCCGUACAACGACUAGCAGCAGCCACUCGGACCCGUAGCCCGCCUGGUGGGGCGGCGGAGGGCUGCACCUCCUGGCCCUCCUGCGCCCCGGCUGCUUCCACCCCUGGAGCCGUGGCAAGCGCGGCGGGAGGAGGGGCUACGGAGGAGGAGGAGGAGGCGCGCCGGGUGUGGUCUCUGGCUUGCUGGGUGCUGCGGCUGCUGCCUGCCGCGGCGGUGGCGGCGCAAGCAGCAGCGGCGGCGGCAGGCGCUCAGGACACAAGCGCUGCUGGUGGUGGUGCUGGUGGUGUCCAGGAUGCCCGACUGGGGAGUCCGGCUAAACGGAAAAAGCAGCAACAACAGCAAAAGCAGCAGCAUCAGAAGCGGGCGCAGGGGGGUACCUGUGGCAGCGGCAGCACUGGUGAGGAGUUGUUCCUGGACGGGCCUCUGUCGGCCACACAGCUGCGAGAGCUCCUGCGCAUUGCCGGCGUGGAGGAGGCGGAGGAGGCGGGCGGGGAAGGAAAGCGGGGAGGAGCGGAGGAGGAGGAGCAGGUGCACGUGGGGGACACAGCAGCAGGAGCAGCUGCGGCGGCGGAGGCGGCAGCAGGAGCAGCGGGUGCAGCGGGUGCUGGGUUGGGGCAGCCGCAACAGCAGCAGCUGUUGGGUCAAGGGCGAUCCAGGGAGUGCAUCAAGGUGGUUAUUGCGACGCUGCGGAGGGCCCUGCAGCUGGCCGGAGCAGGGGCGGGAGCAGCAGGGCCGGCAGGGCCCGCCGGCCGCACUGCGAAGCGACCUAGGUACGACAAUAGCAACAACGCUAGCAGCAGCGGUGGUGGCGGUUGUGGGCAGCUGCAAGCAGACCAGGAGGAACGGCAGCAGGAUCAGGGACAGGGCGCCACACAGGAGGACCAUCAGCAGCAGGAGCAGCAGCCGUGGCAGCAAGGCGGAACUACGGGGCCUCCCCGUCGCUGGCAGCGGUGUGAGAGCUGGUCCCGCUGCGCCAUCGGCUGCCUGCCCUGCCCGCUCAACCCCAACGGCCGAAUUCCACCACUGGAGCCACCACCGGUGCCUCCGCCAGCACCGCUAGCGCAGCAGGAGGCGCAUGCGCCGCAUGCUGGCGGUGUUGAUGGUGGUAGUAAUGCUGGUCAUGUGGGUUCGGUGCCCGCGAGUGAGGGUGGGAUUGACGGGGAAGCGGGGUGCCUGUGCGGCAAGGACGUGAUGGGAGGUACCCGUGCUGGCUUGCAUGAUAGCGGUUGGAAUGCUGGUGACGAGGGGGAGGUUGAGGAGGAGGAUGUGCAUGGGCUUGCGGAGAGGGAGAGUGAAGUCGGGGAGGAUGAGGUCGGUAAUGGAGAGAGCGAUGGAGGCGGUGCGGCGACGGGCGGUUUGUUUGGCGCGUUGUUGCAGCAACAUCAGCAACAGCACCUUGAAAGGGAGCAGGAAGGUGGGCAGAUGGGGCACCAACCGAGCGUUGGUGAGCAAGUAGAGGGAGGAGAAGGGGGAGAAGGGCAGGAGGAAGAGGGCCAGAGAAAGGCGAAG